UAUCUUGUUUACACCAGUCAGUAACUGAAUUGGCAUUUGGCGAGGCGAGCUUUAAGGCUAAUGUGUCUAAAGUGCUCGACGUGCGCCCGCUGUAUAAUUUAAUAUUAAGCAUUAAAGCGUGCUAUAUAGAAUAUAUUAGAUUCAUAUGUCAUAGGCUGUAGCCAAUUGUCAAUUUAAUUUUCAAAUUAGACGAACGUUUUAUAAUAAAUAAUUUUAAAUAUGGAUUGUGACGAUAGAACUCCAUCCAGUAGCGAUGCUAUUGAAAACAAAACUGAAUGUGAGGCCUUUAAAUCUCCUGUCUGUCUCAUAGUCUUGGGUAUGGCUGGCUCAGGAAAAACCACAUUUGUUUCAAAACUUAAUUCCUACUUACGGCAAUACAAAAGAGCCCCGUAUUUGAUUAAUCUCGACCCAGCUUGUAAAAAUAUGCCAUACACACCAAAUAUAGAUAUCAGAGAUUCUGUGAAAUACAAACAAGUGAUGAAGAAUUACGGUUUGGGUCCUAAUGGCGCAAUUGUAACCGCAUUAAAUUUAUAUACCACAAAAUUUCAUCAAUUAAUGGACCUUCUAGGAAAAGUAAAUGUUGAAAAUAGUCAUGAUAUAGCUGUUAUAGACACACCUGGACAAAUUGAAGUUUUUACAUGGUCAGCAUCAGGUCAAAUACUUACUGAAAGUCUCGCAUCAACAUUCCCAACAGUUGUAGUUUAUGUUAUGGAUCUAGAAAGAAGUACUAGUCCAAUAACAUUUAUGUCAAACAUGUUAUAUGCGUGUUCUGUGUUAUACAAAACCAAACUUCCAUUUAUUGUAGUUUUAAACAAGAGUGAUAUUGUAGACCCUACUUAUGCAAUUGAAUGGAUGCAUGAUUUUGAAGCAUUUUGUGAUGCUGUAGAAAAUGAAUCAUCAUAUAUGUCAAAUUUGACUCGUACUAUGGCAUUAACUUUAGAUGAAUUUUAUAAUGAACUAAAAUGUGUUCCAGUAUCAUCAUUGACGGGCCAUAAUUUUGAUGAAUUUUUUAAAAUGGUUGAUGCAGCAGCUGAUGAAUUUCAAAAGGAAUAUCGUGUUGAAUGGAAUAAAUUGCGUAAAGAAAAAUUGCAGACUGAAAUUUCUCAACUGAACAAAAAAUUGGACGAUUUAGCAGUUAGUAGUGGGGAAGGAGAACCUGUACCUUUAUUCACCUCACUAAGUGCUGGUCGUGAGAUUUCCGAUAUUUAUCUAGCACCAAAUGCUGAUGAAAUGUCAGGAGACAGUGAAGGAGAAGAAGAGCCUGGCUUUAAUGUUAAUGAUUGAACAUAUUAAAAAGUUCCUUUUGAAAAACAACAAAUUAUGCGGAUGAAAUUUCAGCAUCUGGAUAACAAAAUAUUAUUAAAAUAAUGUUUUAUAAAUCUAAGAUUAUUAAGAAAGAAAAAUCAAUAAAAAAAAAAUGUUGUUAA